AUGGCUUCAAAAACGACUUACAUACCCCGCUACCUUCUACCUCAGUAUGGUGCAUUAUGGCGCACAACCACACGCUCCGGUGCCUUCGCAAGGCCCCUCAACGCCGAGCUAGGACAAGUACUAGUGCGCUAUGCCUCUAAAACGGCGGCAUCAAAACCUACUACCACUGCGAAAACAGCCAAGACAACAGCGGCGAAAGUAGCUACUCCAAAGGCUGCUUCGACGAAAGCUAGCCCCACGUCCACUGCCGCCAGAGCAGCAAAGCAUUCCGCGCCAACGAAGCCUCCUGCAAAAGCUACAUCGACGGCUAAACCCGCUGUCAUUAAACCGACGCCGGUAUCAGCAGCGCCAACAACCCCCAAAGCUCCAACUCCGAAAACUCCCACAUCACCCGCCGCUUCUUCGCCUGCACCCAGUACAUCGCCGGCGCCGGCGCCAAAGGCAAAGACACCGGACCCGACCCCCGCAGCAAAGCCGUCAGCGGCCCCGGAACCAGUCGACCCCUCGAAACCUCGCGUCCUCGAGAAGCCGGAGCGCUUCAACCCGCCGUCACACGGAGCGCGAUUACCACGCUCAACGCCGCGACACUACGGCGGACCUAUGACAGAUGCGGAAAUACAAGCCCAGAACACGAAAGCGUAUCCAGGGUUACCUCCACCGCCGAACACAUGGUCGCAUUGGUUCCUCCAUAACCGAUGGAUCCAUACUUUUAUUACUCUGGGUACCCUUACAUCCCUCGCCAUCUACACUUUCGCUACCAACUUCGCCGCCAAAUCCCCAUUCGCCGACAUGAUCCCGCCUAUCUCCGAGUUCCCGCGACACCCAUUCCAGUAUAUAGACAUCCUUAUCGAAGUCAUGAAAUUACAUGAGCGACAUGAAUCAGCUAUAACGGCAGAGAAGCGUCGUCGCCGUGUUGAAGACGUCGCGAAGAGGGACGAGUACCGCAAGGCCCACGGCUUGGAACCAGCUACGGGUCUCUUUGGAAUGGGCACGAAGAGGGAUGAUGAUGAGGGAAGCAAGAGUAACGGCGGCGUAGAGAAAGAGGCUGCGGCGGCUGUAGUUGCCGCGGAACCGGUUGCGACGAGUGAGCCUGAAGCUACUACGCCGACGGCGACGGAGACCACGCCGGAUGGGAAGAGGAAGAAAUACCUUGGGAUAUUUUGA